GUGCAAGUGUUGUUCGCCUACUUGGUCGUUGAAUGCGACGCACUUCAUAACCACCAGUUGAACCAAGCUGGUUACAUUGGUGCAGGAUACACUGGCUACGCCGAUUCUAGCGUGGCCGCUUCUUACGGGGGAUACGAGGCUUAUGCAUCUCCGCCUCAGCCGUACAACUUUGGCUACAACAAUGUGAACGAAUACGGUAGCCGGCAGUUCCACACUGAGCAGGGUGACUCCAACAACGCCAAGACAGGCUCCUACGGCUAUAGAGACGCGAACGGCCUCUUUCGACGAGUGAAAUACGUGGCCGACGCGUAUGGCUUCCGAGCCACUGUGGACACCAACGAGCCGGGCACCGUACCUGGUGCAGGCGCAGACGCGGUGUUCAACGCUGCACCGCCGGCAGCAAAAUACUUAGCUGGGGGCUAUGCUGGUUACAGCGGAUACGGAUACAAUCUCUACGCAGGCGCUGCUGGACCCUUUGGCUUCACCCCUUACGGGCGUUACGGGGGCAAUCCCAGCGGCUCGGAUGAACUUGCCUAUGGCAGCCAAUCUGCCCAUGUCUACACUGCCACUGGUUAUGGUGCAGGUUACAGACCUGGUGCCUAUGGCCGCCAUGUUGGAUACGAAAGCUGGCUUUCCACUAAUCACGCACUCCGUCGUCGUUGCUGCAUUCAUUCCUUAUUGGGAUCCUAG